UGGUCCAGCCAGUUCAGCCUAGGCUGGUAUUGGACGUCCGCAGUCCUAGAGCCUCCGGUGUUGCCGAGGGACUCCGGAGCCGGAUGUGACGUUGCCGUGGAGGGAGAAGGGAGAGGCGGAGCGUGGCGUGGUGACGUCCUCCCAAGAUGGCGGAGAGAGAGUGAAGAAACAGUGUCCCGGUUGGGUUGCUAUAGAACAAGGGUAAAAUUCCACUCAGAUAUCAAAAUGCAGUAUUCGCAUCACUGUGAGCACCUUUUAGAGAGACUGAACAAACAACGAGAAGCAGGUUUUCUUUGUGACUGCACCAUAGUGAUUGGGGAUUUCCAGUUUAAAGCCCAUAGGAAUGUGCUUGCCUCCUUUAGUGAGUAUUUUGGUGCCAUCUACAGAAGCACUUCUGAGAACAAUGUCUUUCUUGAUCAGAGUCAGGUGAAGGCAGAUGGAUUUAAGAAACUGUUGGAGUUUAUAUACACAGGAACUUUAAACCUUGACAGUUGGAAUGUUAAAGAAAUUCAUCAGGCUGCUGACUAUCUCAAAGUGGAAGAGGUGGUCACUAAAUGUAAAAUAAAGAUGGAAGAUUUUGCUUUUAUUGCUAAUCCCUCUUCUACAGAGAUAUCUAGUAUUACUGGAAACAUUGAAUUGAAUCAACAGACUUGUCUUCUUACUCUACGAGAUUAUAAUAGUCGGGAGAAAUCAGAAGUGUCUACAGAUUUAGUUCAGGCAAACCCUAAACAAGGGGCUUUAGCAAAGAAGUCGUCUCAAACUAAAAAGAAGAAGAAGACCUUCAACUCCCAGAAAACAGGGCAGAAUAAAACAGUGCAAUAUCCCAGUGACAUUUUAGAGACGGCAUCAGUUGAAUUAUUUCUAGAUGCAAAUAAAUUGUCCACACCUAUAAUAGAACAGGUUGCACAAAGAAAUGAUAAUUCAGAACUUGAGUUGACAUCAGUUGUGGAAAAUACUUUUCCAGCACAAGAUAUUGUGCAAACUGUUGCAGUGAAACGGAAACGUGGAAAAUCACAGCCAAAUUGUGCUCUGAAAGAGCACUCUAUGUCUAAUAUAGCCAGUGUCAAGAACUCUUAUGAGGUGGAGAGCUCUGGCGAAGAGCUGGAUCAGAGGUAUUCCAAGGCCAAGCCAAUGUGUAACACUUGUGGGAAAGUAUUUUCAGAAGCCAGCAGCUUGAGAAGGCACAUGAGAAUACAUAAAGGAGUCAAACCUUAUGUUUGCCAUUUGUGUGGAAAGGCAUUUACCCAGUGUAACCAGCUGAAAACGCAUGUAAGAACUCAUACAGGUGAGAAGCCAUACAAAUGUGAAUUGUGUGAUAAAGGAUUUGCUCAGAAAUGCCAGCUAGUCUUCCAUAGUCGCAUGCAUCAUGGUGAGGAAAAACCCUAUAAAUGUGAUGUAUGCAAUUUACAAUUUGCAACUUCUAGCAAUCUCAAGAUUCAUGCAAGGAAGCAUAGUGGAGAGAAGCCAUAUGUCUGUGAUAGGUGUGGACAGAGAUUUGCCCAAGCCAGCACACUGACCUAUCAUGUUCGUAGGCAUACUGGAGAAAAGCCUUAUGUGUGUGAUACUUGUGGGAAGGCAUUUGCUGUCUCUAGUUCUCUUAUCACUCAUUCUCGAAAACAUACAGGAGAAAGACCAUUUAUCUGCGAAUUAUGUGGAAAUUCUUACACAGAUAUUAAAAAUUUAAAGAAGCACAAAACAAAAGUUCAUUCUGGGGCAGAUAAAAUUCUAGAUUCUAGUAUAGAGGAUCAUACUUUAAGUGAACAAGAUUCCAUACAAAAAAGCCCUGUAUCAGAAACUUUGGAUGUGAAGCCUUCUGAUAUGACUUUACCACUGGCCCUUCCACUUGGGACUGAGGACCACCACAUGCUUCUGCCUGUCACAGAUAAUCAGUCUCCUACAUCAGAUACAUUGUUGAGGUCAACUGUGAAUGGGUAUUCAGAACCACAGUUGAUUUUUUUACAACAAUUAUAUUGACUUUAAGAGAAAUGUGGAAUUGCUAAGACAUCUCUGGUAAGGUGCAUAUAUUCAUGUUAAAUUACCAUUCUUUUGAGUUGUGGCCAUUAUUCAUUCAUUGAAGUAAAGGCACCUGAUGCUGCAUCAUAACUGCAAUUCCUAUUUUGAGUUUUGGCUUUUAUGUCCAGAUUAUACACACAGCUUUUUAAAAAAUGAAGUAUACUACAGUAGCACUAUUGUGGAUGGUUAAGUUUCAUUUUCUUUUAGAGCUGCCUUAAUUCCAUUUUUAUUUUGCAUUUUAGAACUGCCUUUCAUUUACUGAAGUGUCAGUUUAUAUGAUUCAGUUUUGACCUGUGGGAUUUAAAAUUUUUCUUCCCCUCAAUAUUUAAGCAAAAUCCAUGAUGGUAUCAGCUCAAGAGUGUUGUUGUUACUAAGCUCCAUAGCCAAUACAUAAAAACUGAGGGAAAAAAUAAAAUUUUAUAUUUCUGCCUAAGAAAAUUUAGGUAUUGAAUAAGAAUUGUGCUAUUUAUUAAUAUAUUCCAUUGGAGGUAACUUUUCUAAUGAAACAAAAAAAAGUGUUUCUCUUAAGAGCUAGAAAAACUGAAUAUAAAUUUUUGUUCAUUUUAGAACUCAGUUUUCUGGAGAAAACCAGUGGUCAAUACUUUUGAUUUGAGUUGCCUGAGACUACAGUUUCAAAAUAAAUUUUAAUAGCUAUUUGGUGUUUUUACCUUGUUACAAGACAGUUUCAAAUUUUGAUUCAGGUUAUGUUUUAAUAAGUUUACAGAUUACUGAAGAUGAGGAAAAUAUACUGAGUUUUAAAAUUUUUUGACAAGCCUCUCUUAUACCUGUUAUGCACUUUUUAAAAUAUUAAAUUCUAAAAGGAAUUUUCUAAAUAUAAACUUAAUACAUACUAUAAAUCACUUGGCUUCUGAAUUUGAUACAUUAUAUUACAUAGAUUUAAGAAAUUAACUUCAAUUAUAAGUAAGCAUUUGAAUGAUCAGAAAGCCAGUUUAUUAAACAUUUUAUAUUUGAGUAUUCUAUAAGUUUUGAGUUUUAAAAUUUUAUAAUAAACCACAACAUUUGGUGGUGGUUUGUAGUUUCACAGUAGCCUUUUUCCUUCCUAAUGAACGUAGAAAAUCCAAUAUUCUGAUAUUUGCUACCACUGUUCCCCAUCCUACUUUUCCCACAUACUGAUUUAUUUUACUGCCUGAUCUUUGGACAUUAAAUUAUCAGUUUCACAAAGUCGGUUCCUUUACUGCUGAUCGAACACCAUGGUGACAUUUAUUUCUGCCAUGCAUUAGUUGUGGCUUGUUUUUGGUCUUAAACUACACCUAUAAUAAAGUUAAUGUAUUUUCUGUUGGUAUUGAUUCUUUAAUUGUAUUUUCUCUGGGGUCCUGGGUCAUAGGAACCAACUGGAGGACAUAAUAAAAUUAGUUCUUUUUUGUGAACUGUAGAAAUCGUCACCAUUUCGCAACACAUUCAGCAUUUUUGCAAUAAAUUGCCACCAGUGGAAUUGACUUAAUUGAAUAGAGUUUGAAA